AUGCAUACGCAGGACGUAGGUCGGCCGCGGAUCAUUAGUUUGGAUAGAGAAAUGGCAAAACCGCGAAAGGUCACCAAGCAAGAUGACGGGAAAACAGAUAACCAAGUUCCCAGUACAUAUAAUAAAACCAGCAGAAUUUCGGGUGAAGGACCCAACGCGAGCACGGAGACGGUUGAGAGUGAGGUGCCAUUAGGAUGGGAUGUUAUUGUUGCUCUUGUUGGCCCAACGGGCUCUGGGAAGACUUCGUUCAUCAACGCUGCUGCUGGCACCAACUAUCCUGCCAGCGACUCUUUGCAAUCCUGCACGAGCAGCAUCGAGGUCGUCAAACAUUCAUGUCCCGAACGGUUCAGCUUCGAUCACCUAUACCUUGUCGAUACUCCCGGUUUCGAUUGGGAGAAUAGGGCGGACGGGUUGACCAGGUCCGAUGCCGAAAUACUCAAAGAUAUAUCGGAUUGGCUGAACAACACAUAUCAGCAAAGAAUCAAGUUAUCGGGCUUGCUUUUCUUCCACCGCAUCAGUGACAAUAGAAUCCCGGACUCCACCGCAAGGUAUUUCAAGGCGUUUGAAGGACUCGUUGGUGGCCAUUUCCGCAGUAUCGUCCUCACGACGACAAUGUGGGACGAGCUCGGCCACGAGGAAGAAGGAAGGGUUAGGGAAAACGAACUCAAGAACCGCUUCUGGAAGUCCAUGAUGAAGCGAGGCUCGGAAACGAAACGUUUUGUUGGGACGAAGGAAUCCGCCCUCAACAUUCUUUCAUUUAUGUUGAAAGACCUCCAAACCCGCGAAACGCUUUUGCUUCAGAAGGAAGUGACCGAUCUUUGUCUUUGUCUCCCUCAAACUGCGGCUGGAAUGGGGUUGCAUGACGGGCUCAGGGACCUGGUGCACUAUUAUCAUCGCAAAUUGGAGCCCAGCAACGUCGGCGACCGGAGUGGCGACGAACAGAGUUCAGGCACCUCAAGAGACGAAUAUGAAUCCAUCAAAGCCAAAUUGAAGAGCUAUUGUCAAAGCGUCGAAGCCAUGGAUAUUUCCUGCGGAGAGCGUCUGACCAGAAUCUUGGUAGCAGGAGCCGGUUGGCGCUUCCUUUCCCGCCCCGUACCCCCGAAGGACUCUACAGUCAUCCUCGUCUUGGGCUCAACAAGAGCCGGGAAGAGCACGUUCAUCAACGUUGCCACUGGAUGCGACCCGAUUACUGGCCCCCGAGACCCUGGCGGUUUAAAGCCAGUAACGACAGACAUCACAAUGAACAGACUGACCAUCCGCUCGAAUCGUUCCAAUGUACCCCAGUCGCUCAUCCUACUUGACACACCAGGUUUUGAUUCCGACCUGGGUGGCAGACCUGAUCACGAACUCGUUCAAGACAUCGGCGAAUGGAUCAAAGUCCUUGAAAGGCGCAAGAUCGCCCUACAAGGGGUAUUGUGGAUUCACGAUAUCACCAGCAAUUUCAAUCACUCCAGCUUCCAAGUGCUCAUCGACCUCUACAGAGUACAUCGUUUCAAAUUGCUUCUAGUGACGAGCAAGUGGGGCACGAGUGUUACUGACUCUGAUGCAGAAAGCAACGAUGCGGAGUUGAAGGGAAAUAGUUGGAUUUCGACAAGUGCUCCUGGUGAUGUCGACCUUCGGGCUGAAAUCGUUCGAGGGGGUGCGGGGAUCAAACGGUUUGACAGGACCCGUCCUUCCGCAUGGAGGAUACUGGAGGAGCUUCUGACGCAGCAAUGA